AUGGCAACACUUCCAAAAGUAUAUGUCUCUGUAGCAGCCACCGCUCCAACUCCUACGGUAGCUCCAGAAACACUGAAGUCAUCCCAAAAAUUAGAUUCUCCUUCAAUUAGGGUAAAUUUGAAUCCCCUCUCAGUAUCAGAUUUCAAGAGUGAGGAAACUAAACAAGGGAAUGCCGUAGUGAAAAAGGAAAAUGGCAUAGCAAAUGAGGAAUCAAAGCAGAGGAGCAUCGCAGAGCUUCACAAAAUGUUGUCAGGCUCAAAAGCACAAAUCAAAGAGCAGCCAUGUUUUGCAUUUGAAACAGAACAAAACCAGCAGAAGAUGCAAGAGGUUCUAGGCACAAAGAUGUUAACUACCUUUGUAUCUAAUGGAAACCAAACCAAAGCCGUGCUAUCACCUCCGCAAGACAAAAACACAGUAAGUGAAUCUCAUCAAGAGCCUGCUAUAUUCAAUCGAGAGCAAACUCCCCUGCACAGAGAGAUCAGGGAUAACAUUUCCAAGUUUGUUCACAAAAUGACUGUUGGGCACCAAAAGUAUCCCAUGGAAAAGAAACUCACGAGUGUUAUAACCCUUGCUGGCAAAAAUAGAGGAGCAUCCAUGCACCUAGGUUCUGAAUCAGCAGUGAGAAAGAAAAUUUCAAAUUUACAGAGGUUAUAAUGUCAAUCCCGAUGAAAGAGACAAAGCCACCACUGAUAGGGAGGGAAACUCCAAAAGAACAAAGUCUGAAGAUGC